CUUAAUUCUUAUUUCGAUCCCUCACUUUUAUAACAAACAAAGGGAGACCACAAAUAAUGGGUCUAAAUAAAAUUAUUCCAUUUAUUUUACACUUGAUUUGGAUGUUUGGGGUUUUGGGCAAUGCUCAACUUAGCUCUGGUUUUUACUCGACGACCUGUCCUAACGCCACAGUCAUCGCUCGGGGUUUGAUCGAGCAAGCUAGCCGUGGCGAUGUCAGACUCACUGCUAAAGUCAUGCGUCUUCACUUUCACGACUGUUUCGUGAACGGGUGCGAUGGUUCAGUUCUACUGGACGCUGCUCCUGCUGAUGGAGUAGAGGGUGAAAAGGAGGUUUUCCAAAACGCGGGUUCUCUUGGCGGAUUUGAAGUGAUUGAUGAUAUCAAAACUGCUCUCGAGAAUGUUUGUCCUAGUGGCUCUUGUGCCGAUAUCCUCGCUAUCGCAGCUGAAAUCUCUGUGGCGCUGGCGGGAGGGCCAUCAUGGGACGUACUGCUAGGAAGGAGAGAUGGCCGGACGGCUAUCCGUGCGGACGCUGUGGCUGCACUUCCAAUGGGAUCUGAUUCUCUCCAGAUUCUUACUUCUAAAUUUUCCGUACAUAAUCUUGACACUACCGAUCUCGUCGCUUUAUCUGGUGCUCAUACCUUCGGGAGGGUUCAGUGUCGAGUGAUAAACGAUCGUUUGCACAAUUUUAGUGGUAACAACGGAGAGUCAGAUCCGAGUAUUGAACCGACGUUCUUGCUAACGUUGCAACGACAAUGUCCGCAAGGCGGAGAUCUCACUGCGAGGGUGAAUCUUGAUCCUACGAGCCCCGAUUCAUUUGAUAACGACUAUUUCAAGAACCUUAAAAACAACCGUGGUGUGAUAGAAUCAGAUCAAAUCUUGUUUUCUUCGACAGGAGCACCUACUGUUUCUUUGGUGAAUCGUUUUGCUGAUAGCCAAAGUGAGUUUUAUAGAAAUUUUGCGAGAUCUAUGAUCAAGAUGGGAAAUAUAAGGAUUCUCACAGGAAGUGAGGGAGAGAUUCGUAGAGACUGCAGAAGGGUCAAUAAAUAAGUACUUUUGCAUGUUCAAAUGAUCAAACGUUACUUGUUGUUAUACAUGAGACAUAAGUGGUAUUUGUGCUUU